UUUUUUUGUCUGAAAAAGCUAAACACUGUUUGAAUGCGAGCUCUCUGUGUCAAGAAAGUUUACUCCUUUCUCUCGGAACUAUCUUUAGCUUCUUCAACUCACUGUCGCCGAUACCUUGGCAAUGCAACAUCGAAUCACGGAAACCAUCAUCGAGGUUUCUCUAAUGAAGAAGCUCUGAUCCUUGGGCGCUUGUCCGAAGGAGGUCUCGUACAUGCACGCUACCUGCUCGACAAAAUUCCUCAGAGAGGAAGCAUCAGCCGUGUCAGGUACUGGACCUCGCUUCUUACCAAGUUCGCGAAAGCUGGAUACUUGCACGAAGCAAGGUUUCUGUUCGAAGUCAUGCCGGAGAGGAACAUCGUCACUUGCAACGCGAUGCUGACGAGUUAUGUCAAACGCAGGAAGCUCAGCGAGGCUUGGACGUUGUUCCGGGAGAUGCCCAAGGACGUUGUUUCCUGGACUGUGAUGCUUACCGCGCUUUGUGAUGAAGGAAGGAUCGAUGAUGCAGUCGAGUUGUUCGAUGAAAUGCCUGAGAGAAACGUGGUUUCUUGGAACACAUUGGUCUCUGGUCUGAUCAAGAAUGGGGACAUGGAGAAGGCGAAACAGGUGUUCGAUGCUAUGCCUAGCAGAGAUAUUGUGUCGUGGAACGCUAUGAUUAAAGGGUAUAUCGAGAACGAUGGAUGGGAAGAAGCGAAGCUCUUGUUUGAGAGUAUGGGUGAGAGGAAUGUGGUUACUUGGACGAGCAUGGUGUCUGGUUAUUGCCGAUACAGAGAUGUUCAUGAAGCUUAUAGAUUGUUCUGUGAAAUGCCUGAGAGGAAUGUCGUUUCUUGGACUGCUAUGAUCGGUGGGCUUGUUUGGAAUGAGUUCUAUAGAGAAGCAUUGAUGCUUUUUCUUGAAAUGAACAAGGAUCUUGAUCCGAACGAUGAGACUUUUAUCUCUCUUGCUUAUGCUUGUGGUGGUCUUGGUGUUGGAUUUCACCGUCUUGGCCAGCAAUUGCACGCACAAGUUAUAUCAAACGGUUGGGAAAGUGAGGAUCAAGAUGGAAGGUUGGCGAAAAGUCUUGUUCAUAUGUACGCAUCAUCUGGUUUGAUCGGUUCAGCUCAAUCUCUGCUCAAUGAAAGCUUUGAUUUACAGUCUUGUAACAUUGUGAUCAAUGGUUAUUUAAGAAUAGGGGAUUUGGAACGAGCUCAGACUCUGUUCGAGCAAGUCGAGUGCUUACAUGACAAAGUAUCUUGGACAUCGAUGAUCAACGGGUAUCUGGAUGCUGGCGAUGUGUCGAGAGCCUUUGAUCUUUUUCAUGAACUUCACGAUAAGGACGGGGUUACAUGGACGGUUAUGGUCUCAGGUCUUGUCCGAAACGAGCUCUUUGCAGAAGCUGCAUCUCUGUUGUCGGAUAUGAUGAGACAUGGUCUGAAACCGUUGAACUCGACUUACUCUGUUCUUCUUAGUUCCGCGGGUGCCACUUCGAAUCUCGAUCAAGGGAAGCAUUUACACUGCGUGAUCGCAAAGACAACGGCUUGCUAUGAUCCUGAUCUCAUUCUUCAGAACUCUCUUGUUUCGAUGUACGCAAAAUGUGGAGCCAUAGACGAUGCUUAUGAGAUAUUCUCAAAGAUGGUCAGGAAAGAUACAGUUUCAUGGAACUCCAUGAUCAUGGGGCUAUCGCAUCACGGCCUAGCAGAUAAAGCUUUAAGCCUGUUCAAAGAGAUGCUUGAUUUAGAGAUGAAACCGAACUCUGUGACGUUUCUCGCAGUUCUCUCAGCUUGUAGCCACUGUGGACUUAUCACAAGAGGUUUAGAAUUAUUCAAAGCAAUGAAGGAAACCUAUUCGAUCCAGCCGGGGAUCGAGCAUUACAUUUCGAUGAUAGACCUAUUAGGCAGAGCAGGGAAACUCAGAGAAGCAGAGGAGUUCAUCUCAACUCUGCCUUUCACUCCAGACCAUACUGUCUACGGCGCAUUGCUAGGGUUAUGCGGGCUCAACUGGAGAGACAGAGAUGCGGAAGGCGUAGCGAAACGGGCUGCGAUGAGGCUGCUGGAGCUGGACCCGGUUAAUGCGCCGGGACACGUGGCCCUGUGCAACGUGUAUGCUGGUUUAGGGAAGCAUGAGAUGGAGAAGGAGAUGAGGAAAGAGAUGGGUUAUAAAGGUGUGAAGAAGACGCCAGGAUGUAGUUGGAUUGUGGUUAAUGGAAAAUCAAAUGUGUUUCUCUCUGGUGAUAAAUCUGCUCAGAUGAGUUUGCCAAUCUUUUGUAGUAAUGGAAUGCUUGAAGACGGACAAGAGAAAGUGUUGACUCUCUGCCAUUGCUGAGAUGAGAAGGAAGGACAAUACAGAGACUGGCUCUUUCACCAAAGGUGAAACUCUUACAGGUACACUGAACCAUGAUGAUCAAUUGAUG